UAGAUUAUUUAUGUAAGCAUAAUUAGUCAAGGCUAAAAAUGAAGCAGUAUACUUGAAGCAAAGUAUUGCAUAGGCCUACUAUGUUUAUAGUAUACUAUCUAUUAGUCUGAAGAAACAUUCAGUUAGUUUACUUCCUACAUGUGAAUGGUCUCCAGUAUACUUGAUAUAUUUACACUAAGGGUAAGAUUUAUUGUAAAACACAUUUGUUUAAAAUAAAAUGUAUUGGGCAUUUAAAAUUGUUGUUAUUAUUAUUAUGUAAAACACAAAAAUAGACAAUAGUUUGAUAAAUGCAACACAUGUAAAAAAAAAUGUUUUUUUUUUUCUUUUUUUAUCCUCCCCAACAAGUUGACAUUUCUUUCUGAGUCAAGCGAUUCAUGUGCAUCGGACAGAAAAAAAAAAAAAACUCCAACCGCUCAAAAAGUCGGAUCUACAACAACAGAAUGGUCAAUGACUUCCUUGCUUACAGACACGCGCGUGCGUGACGUCAUCAGCGCAGUGAGAGGCAGCGUCUCUCUGCGGGCUCCGGCACUCCUCUGCGGUAUCAGGCAGGAUGGGAUGCUCCACCAGCUCUCAAACUACAGCGGUUGAUACAACUCUACCAAAACCAGAAGAAAGUAACGGUGCCAGCACUACUGGAGCAGCCAACGAGAAUGGAAAAGUAGCUGAAGACACUGAAACUCUCCCAGACCAGACGCCCACAGAAGGUGGUGGUACGAAGCCGGACGGCGAACCUGCUGUAAUAGCCACAUCUGCGGACAGCAGUCAAGCAACCCCACCAGCAGGAGAGGAUUCUCAGCCUUCAGCAGAUAGUCCACCAGCCGAACCCCCAGCAGAAGCCCCAGCAGAAGCACCAGCAGCAAGCUCCCCAGAGGCUCCAGCUCCUGAGCAAGAAGCUGCUGCGACAGACUCAGAGACAAAAGGAGAGGAGGCACCAGGUGAGCAGCUCUUCAUUUUUACAUCACGAUCCUCAAAAUGAUAUUUUUUACAUCUUAUUUUCUGUUUCCAGAUUCCAGCCAGUGAAGCAUGGCAUUCCACUGAGGAAUCGCUCCUUCUGUCUGCGUGUAUGACAUGACUGUGCAUGAAUGUGUGAUAGAUACUGUCUUGUUGCCAUGAAGCUGACUCUGUUGAGCAGCUCUUCAGUCACCGCUGUGCCUUUUUCCCCCUGAUGGAGUAAGCUGUACAUGGAUCUGCUGCACUUAGUGGGCGUGUUUUAUUUUGAUAGCAUAUCUAAAAAAAAA